AUGUCCGGUCUUAUCAAGCCCGAAAAGCUGUCUGCUGCGCCCCAGUUCUCGCCUCUUAACUAUGCGCAAUUCUUUGCCGCAGGUGGAAUCUGUGCAACGGUCACACACGGUGCGCUGACGCCCGUGGACGUUGUCAAGACACGCUUGCAGCUGGAACCUUCGGGCAGCAAAAUGUCCAUGAGGGAGAUGGCAAAGACUAUCGUCAUGAAAGACGGUCCCAGUGGCUUGCUCACAGGCUUUGGAUCUACUGCUGUAGGGUACUUGAUCCAGGGUGGUGCCAAGUACUGCGGCUACGAGUUCUUUAAGAAGCAGGCAAUCGACUACUUCGGCGUGCAAAAGGCAAAGGAGCACCGCCAGCUUGUAUACAUGGGCUCAGCCACAGCUGCCGAGCUGAUUGCAAGCACUUUGCUUACCCCGUUGGAAGCCUCGCGUAUUCGUCUCGUGUCCCAGCCUAGCUACGCGCGCGGACUUGUCGACGCAAUGCAGCGCAUGUGGGCGCAAGAGGGAAUGGGCGGCUUCUAUGCAGGCUACAUUCCGAUCCUUUUGAAGCAGGUCCCCUUUUCCAUCGGUCAGUUUUAUACGAACGAGAUGAUGCACAACUUUGUAAAUGCGUACGUGCCCAAAGACAAGCUGCAACGCGCGGGCAAGACCGGACAAAUUACUGUGCAGCUUGGCUGUGGUAUCGUCGCUGGUAGCGUUGCUGCGAUCCUCUCACACCCUGCCGACACGCUCUUAUCCAAGAUUAACAGAGGCGGCGUCGGCCACGGUUCCAUGAUGUCCAAGCUGGGCGUCGCCGCCCAGCAGACUGGCUUUGUCGGUCUAUGGGCAGGCCUCGGAACCAGGAUUAUUAUGACUGCCGCACUGGUUAGCAGUCAGUUCCUCAUCUAUGAUCAGCUUAAGCUAUUCUUCGGCACUCCCCACAGCAUUGAAGUUUAG